UGAUGUAGCAACGUAAACAAGUUUUUUUUGUGGAUAAUGAUCAUCUUUAAUUUGAACUAAUGGAAAAAUUUUUCAAAUGUCAAAGUUAAUUAAAUUCUGAUCAUCAUUUAACAAUUGAAAAUGAUUGAAAUUCAAGCCAAACUUUUACGUGGUCCUGUAUAUUUUGUCCAAGAAACUGUCCAAUGUUUAAUUACAUUGAAAAAUAUUCCACGAACAAAUGAAAAUAUUUCCACACCAAAUGGGCUGAUUGGUGGCCAAAAAAAUACUAGUGAUAAUAAUAAUUCCGUUGAAAGAAUCUGUUGGGCCAAUGUACAACUACAUUGUUUCUGUACUGUGGAUGAAUCGCUGAUCGAUUGUCGGCGAAUUAUUGAAGAAAAUCUUGAUAGUAAAUUAAUCAAUCAUAAUGGAAAUUAUAUGAAAAAUAAUUACACGAAACGAAAUUCAAUUGCAUUGGAAACCUAUUCAUCCAAUGAUACUUCAUUCCAUGAAUCAUUGGUCCGUGGUGAACGUGGUAUCAUUAUUUAUGCAUCGAAACCAAAAAUUUUAUUCUGCGAUCUACAGCUAGAACCACAACAAAGUCAAACAUUUAUCUAUACGGAAACAUUGCCUUCGAAUCUUAAUCCUUCAUAUUCCAGUAAUAGACUUAAAUAUUAUUACAAACUGUGUAUCGGUGCUCAACGUAUUGGUUCACCAAUUUAUCUAUUGAAAAUACCGAUUCGUUUAUUGACAAUAGAUGGAUUUCCAUCAUCAUCAUCAACGACAACAAACCCGGAUCAACGUACAUUGAAUGGUACGGUGAAUGAAAAGGAUGAUGAUGAUAAUAAAAGCUUGACCAGUACGAAUAGUACUUCACUUACGUUUGACGAUGAAUCCAAAGAUUGUGGUACAUCAUUGGAUAUUGCAUUACAUCGUAUUGAAUAUCUUGUUGGACAUCGUAUACCUCAUAAUUUUAAUAUUACCAGUUCGUUUGGUAGAGUGGCCAAAUUUUUCAUAUUUAAAACUGUUUAUCGUCUCGGUGAAGAUAUUAUCGGCCUGUUUGAUUUCACCGAAGGUCUAGUUAAAUGUAUACGUUAUUCAGUGAUAUUACAAAGUGAAGAAAAAAUUUCUGAACAUUAUCUGGUUCAUUCAUCAUCAUCAUCAUCAUCGACGACGACAUCGACAACGGCAAAAAAAUCAAAAAUUAAUCUUACAAAUCAUACACGUUUUCAUGAAUGUUGUUUAAAUAUGAAUCAUUCGCCAAUGAUAUUACCGAUACCAUUUACAUUGACACCAUCAUUUGCAAAUGAUUUAAUUUCCUUAAAAUGGAAUUUACAUUUUAGUUUUGUAAUUGAAAAUAAUAAUCAAAAAUCAACAAAUACAUCGAUUAAUUUAUGUACAGAAACUGAAGAUGGCCGACAAACAUUGGCACCAAGACAAUUACAAGUACAAGUAAUGACAUGGGAUUUUCCAAUCAAAAUUGUUGCUACAUAUCCAGCACAUGUGGCCAAAGGAUUUCAAAUGGCUUCUAUUGGGACAUUGAAUAUUUGAAUCUAUAUUCUUUGAUUCUUUUUUUCUAUUUAUUGAUACGA